CAUUUUAAAUACAAGAGGAAUGUUUUUAAAGCUUUGGCUUCACAUUGAGACUAAAUUAAUGAACCUUUAGUUUAAGAAAUUCCAUUUAACUUCACAAUUUGUUCUUCCGUUUGGAAUGCUGUUUGAUUUUGGCACAACAGAAGCAGCCAACUGUAAUGGCUUUUCAGUGUCGUUGCUUCGACAGGCACACAAACACACCAUAGUGGCAGUAUUCCUCCUUUAAUGCCAUAGACUCCUCCUGCUUACUAAUUCCCUUAUAUUCAAAUAGUUUGAAUAUACUUUCAAGACGUUUUGUGGUUCUUACAAUUGUUUAUUUCAGUUUUCAGAAUGUUUCACCUGUUGAAUGAACAGCCGUCUAAAUCUAAAUCUCACUGUGUUAUCAGAACUUUGGUCUUCCUACUCCUAAUGCACUACUGCGGAGGUCAGUCUCAGAUGGUUGGUCCCUCUAUGCCAAUAGUGGCAAUCCUUGGUGGGGACAUCAUUGCGCCAUGUCACCUGGAACCUGCCACUGAUGUUGUUCAUAAGACACUGGAGUGGUCGAGGCUCGACUUGAAGCCCAGGUUUGUCCAUGUGAGGCGUGACGGCGUGGAACUUUUGAUUAAUCAGAAUCCUUCAUAUGUAGGAAGAACAUCAGUGUCCACUAACAAUCUGAAGCAUGGAGACGUGUCACUGAAACUCUCCAAAGUGAGACUCACUGAUGCAGGAACAUACAGAUGUCACAUUCCAGAAUUGGGUACAUCUGUGGUGAAGCUUAUUGUUGGUGCUCUUUCGUCUCCUGUUGUCAUCAUAGCACAGAUCGAUAAAGCCAGCAGCACAGCAGUUUUACAGUGUGAGUCUAAAGGCUGGUAUCCAGAGCCUGAGGUGUUCUGGCUGGACGGUGAGGGAAACCUCCUCUCUGCUGGACCUACAGAGACAGUCCGAGGUCCUGAUGACCUCUAUACUGUCAGCAGCAGAGUGACUGUGGAGAAGAGACACAGCAACAGCUUCACCUGUAGAGUCCAUCAGAAGAACAUCACCCAGACCAGAGAGACAGAAAUCAAAAUUCUAGAGGAUGUAUUCACAGCCUCAUCCUGUUCUGCUGUUCGUAUCUCCAUGGUCUUGUCUGUUGUUGGCUUCCUGCUUUGUUCUGCAGCUUUUGUUGUUUGUUGUAAACUAAGAAACAACAAAAGGAAUAACAAGAUGCACCAUAACAAUGGACCUGGAGAUGGAACAGCUGAAACAGAUGAGCUUGUAGAAGAACCAAAGAAAAUGGAGGAUCAGUUAAAGGAGAAAGAGGAAGAACAGAACGACAUCAGAUAUUUGAUUUCAGUACUGGAGGAAAAGAAGAAAGAACUGGAAAACUCCAGAGACAAACUGAAAUUACAGAUAGAGGAGGUGGAGAAAAAGAUGAAGAAGAAUGAGAAGGAAAUUAACUCACUAAAGAAUGUCUUCCAUUGGGACAAAGAUGACAAAAUGAACAAGCUGUUAGAGGUCAAACAGGAACUGGACAACAAAAAGACAGAAUGUGAGAAAUCUUUACAGAGCACAGAGGAAAUACUGCAGGUAACAGAGAGUGUGAUUAAAAGAUUAACAGAAAGGAAACACAAAGUCGAGAAGCAGGUUGAGGAAAUGAAAAAACAACUUGAAGAGACAAAGAGACGAAGAGACGAGAUUCAACCUCAGUCAGCGAAGUUAGAGAGAGAGGAGGGAAAAAAUACUGAGUCAUCACCAUUAACUGAGGGUAACUCCAAAAUGUUUCGUGUGAAGGACAAACGGUCCCUCAAACCUCAGCUCAGUUUCAGCAGCAGCGUUGUGAUUUUCUAUCGCACUGUUGGUCUGCUUCUGCUAACACGAUACUCUGAAGAAACAAUACAUUUCUUCCCAGGUCAGUUUAAGGUCGUUGGUCCACCUGAGCCAAUAGCUACAAUUGCUGGUGAUGACAUCAUUUUGCCGUGUCACCUGAAUCCUGCCAAGGAAGCUGUUUCAAUGACUGUAGAGUGGACGAGACCUGAUUUGACCCCCAGAUAUGUCCAUGUGAGACGUGGCAGCGAGGACCUGCUGGUUGGCCAAAACCUGAUGUAUGAGGGAAGAACAUCAAUGUUCAUCAACAAGCUGAAGCAUGGAGACACUUCACUGAGACUGUCCAACGUGAAACUCUCUGAUGCAGGAAAAUACAGAUGUUUCUUUCCAGAUUAUAAUAGAGACGCUUUUGUUGAGCUUGUUGUUGGUGCUGUAUCCUCACCUGUCAUAGUCAGUAUCAACAGAGCCAGUACUGGAGUGGUGUUACAGUGUGAGUCUAAAGGCUGGUAUCCAGAGCCUGAGGUGUUCUGGCUGGACGCUGAGGGAAACCUCCUCUCUGCUGGACCUACAGAGACAGUCAGAGGUCCUGAUGACCUCUAUACUGUCAGCAGAAGAUUGACUGUGGAGAAGAGCGACACGUUCACCUGUAGAGUCCAACAGAAGAACAUUACCCAGACCAGAGAGACUGAAAUCCAAAUUCUAGAGGAUGUAUUCACAGCCCCGUCCUGUUCUGCUGUUCGUAUCUCCGUGGUCUUAUCUGUUGUUGGCUUACUGCUUUGUUCUGUAGCUUUCGUUGUUUGUUGUAAACUAAGAAACAACAAAAGGCAUAACAAGAUGCACCAUGACAAUGAACCUGAAGAUGGAACAGCUGAAACAGACAAGCUUGUAGAAGAACUGAAGAAAAUGGAGGAUCAGUUAAAGGAAAAGUUAAAGGAGAAAGAGGAAGAACAGAACGACAUCAGAGAUGUGAUUUCAGUACUGGAGGAAAACAAGAAAGAACUGGAAAACUCCAGAGACAAACUGAAAUCACAGAUAGAGGAGGUGGAGAAAAAGAUGAAGAAGAGUGAGAAGAAAGUUAAAGCAGUAAAGAUUGGUUUCUUUGACAAAGAUGGCGUAAAUAACAAGCUAUCAGAGAACAAAAAUGAACUGGACAACAAAAAGACAGAUUAUAAAAUGUAUUUCAGUGCGCAUAACUCCACAAUGCCUCGUCUGAAGGAUGGACUCUCCUUUCAACCUCUGCUCAGUCUCUUCAGCGCUGUGAUUUUCCAUCAUGCUGUUGUCUUCCUUCUCCUUCCACAAUGCUGUGCAGGUCAAUUCCGAGUGGUCGGUCCGCCUCAGCCAAUAGUGGCAGCACUUGGUGAUGACAUCAUUUUGCCAUGUCACCUUAAACCUGCUGUGGAUGCGUCAGAAAUGACAAUCGAGUGGUCAAGACCAGACCUGGACCCCAGAUUUGUCCUUGUGUGGCGUGACGGCGUGAAACUAGAGAAUAAACAACAUCCGUCCUACAACGGAAGAACGUCGCUGUUCAAUGAUGAACUGAAGUAUGGAGACGUUUCACUGAAACUUUCCAAAGUGAAACUUUCUGAUGAGGGAAAGUACAGGUGCUUCAUCCCCACGUCUUUUAAAGAAUCUACUGUUGAGCUUGUUGUUGGUGUCGUCUCAUUCAUAGUCAUCAGGUUAGCGAGGACUGAUGAAGACAAAGUCGGUACUGGAUUGGUUUUACAGUGUGAGUCUAAAGGCUGGUAUCCAGAGCCUGAGGUGUUCUGGCUGGAUGCUGAGGGAAACCUCCUCUCUGCUGGACCUACAGAGACAGUCAGAGGUCCUGAUGACCUCUAUACUGUCAGCAGAAGAUUGACUGUGGAGAAGAGCGACAACUUCAUCUGUAGAGUCCAACAGAAGAACAUCACCCAGACCAGAGAGACACACUUCUAUGUUCCAGAGGAUGUACUCACAGCUCCAUCUUCUUCUGCUCUUUAUAUCUUCGUGGUCUUGUCUGUUGUUGGCUUCCUGCUUUUUUCUGCAACUUUCUUUGUUCAUUGGAAACUAAGAAAAGAGAAAGGCCAAAAGAAGCACCAUGUCUGUACAACUGGAGAGGGAGAGGAGCUUGUCAAAGAAAGAAAAGAAGAGUUACAGGAGGUAGAGAAAGAACAGAAAGACAUUAUAGAUAGGCUUUCAGUCAUGAUGGAAGAGAUGAAAAAAAAACUGGAGAUCGCCAGAGAAAACCAGAAAUCACAGCAGGAGAAGGUGGGAAAACUCAAGAUGGACAUUGAGAACAGCAUUGAAUCAUUAGGUUUUAUUGCCAGGAUGAUUGAUGGCAAAAAGAAAAAGGAACUGGAGGACAAAAAGACAGAAUGUGAGAAAUGUUUGCAGAGCAUCAAGAACAGCCUACAAGAAACAGAGGAUGUGAUUACAACAAUAACAGACUGGAAGAAGAAAAUUGAGAGUGUGAUUGAGGAAAUAAAUAAACAACCUGAAGAGACAAAGGGACAAAGAGAUGAGAUUCAACUUGAGAAAGAGGAGGAGAUGAACAAAAACACUGAGGCAGCACCAUUAACUCUUUGUCCUGACACUGAACCUAAUGAGAGUUAAUCACAGACUAUGAUGACUGUUUUCAUUUAGAUUAAUUCAAACACAAUUAACAUCAGAAUCAGUGUAUUUCUCCCUCUUACUGUUUUUUUAAUCCAAUAAUCCAACACAAUCUGUACAAUGUGACAUGAAUUGACUGAAAUUAAUGUUGUGGUGUAUCAAUAAGCAAUACUUUGAUUGUUUUUUUUUUAAAUACAUAUUAUACUUUGUGAUGUGUCCUGUGGAAUUUUCAAAGUUUUAAGAAUGUAGCAAGCACAAUAAAACAGACACUGAUCAUAAAGGGAAGCACUAAUGUCAGGGGUCAAGGCUGAAUACUGCAUAGAACAUAAAAAAAAUAAGUUUAGAGAGAUCACAACGGACCAGGAAAAGAGCACAGCUCAUUUUGGGCCAUUUUAUGUAGAUAAUCUCAAUAAUGUCAAAAUAGAUGACAGAAAUCCAUACAGACGUUUGUAAAUGUGUUCACAUUUAUUUAUUGGCAAGGUGUCACGGGGGAGUGAGAGGUUUCAGGUAAAGACCCAAAUGCAGGCAGGUACACAAGAGCUAACUUUAAUAAUAAAACAAAAUGAUAAGGGUUGGACAUAAGAAACACAGGAGUAAAAAAAAGGAAGGAAUUCCAGAAAACACAAAGAA